AUGGGUUCCAUCAGCUCUGAGUUCUCCGGGGAAAGGUCAGCGCUUAUCCAGGGGCUGAGUAAAGCGACCGAGAUACAGAUGAUGAGUAGGAUAACACAUGCCUUUAUCUGGUUAUCCGAUAUUAAUACCCUGAAGGAACACGUCGAUGAUGCGGAAUCCGGUGCGCGCAGAGCUAAUAUGGUGGUUAGUAUUCUUUCAAGCGACGAGCGGUGUACCAGGACAUUGAAGUGGUUUCUUGCUCGCAAACAAAAAUCCUCCGACGAUGACGGACCGGCUAGGUUUUUUGUCGAGUCCUCCCCCGAACCCCCAGAGCCUCCAGAGCCUUCAGAACACGCAUCCGUGGAGUCCCCGAAAACUCCUACAAAGCGAAGGUCGCUAGGCAACCCUGCAUCUUCAAGCAAAACCCCGCGGCUGCAGGGGAUUAAGCGGUCUCAGCCUGCAAAGGAAAUUGCGAGCAACAGAGACGAUGAUCAAUGUGUUAUCACUCACAUGGGUGAGCCUAUUGAGAUCUGCCGUAUUUUCCCGUUUUCCCUCGGGAAAAAAUCUCCAAGUGACCGCCAUGAGUUCUGGUCGCUUCUGAGGAAUUUCUGGUCUUCCGAAACACUAGAAAAGUGGAAGAAUGAAAUUUUCGGCCACAAGGGGCGAACGGAGGUGCCCAAAUACCUCCUAUGUCUGUCCAACAUCGUGCACGAACUCUGGGGCAUGGCCAGGUUGGCUCUGGAACCAAUUGAGAUGUCAGAGGAUAAAAGAUCUCUGACAAGACGGUUUUGGUGGUUACCUCGCGACAAAGCUACCGAGAUGGUCCCCAUGCAGGAGGCUCCUGUUCUUCCCGCUCGUCUUGAAAUGAGUCCGCUCAAGUAUCCGUUAACAAUGCCUCUGCCAUCUUUCGAGCUUUUGCACAUGCAAUGGGUAUUGACUAGGGUUGCCGCCUUGAGCGGCGCGGCAGACAUCACAGACGAGGAACUUGAGGACGGCUUCGGGGGCAUUGGACCUGUGUUCUUCCCUUUGACAUCACCUGAAAACCCUUGCCGCCCCCUCUCAAGGAGCCCACGUCGCGAUUCAAAUGCCAGUGAAAAUCGGCCCCUGGCUUUCCGAAGUAGAGAGUCGUCAAAAAUCAGAGAGUUAUCGGAGGAGCCUUCUAACAAUUCUUGUGAUGAUCCUUUCAUUCAGUAG